AUGGUAUCGAAGAAGAAGUGGUCGGUGUGUGUGAUCGGGGCAGGGCCUUCAGGUCUGGUGGCAGCUAGGGAGUUGAGGAAAGAAGGGCAUAGGGUGGUGGUGUUGGAGCAAAAACAUGAUGUAGGUGGGCAAUGGUUGUAUGAUCCAAACAUAGAGAAGGAGGAUCCAUUGGGGCAGACCAAGUUCUUGGAUGUCCAUAGUAGCAUCUACACCUCACUUAGGCUGCUCUCCCCAAGAGAGAUCAUGGGUUACACAGAUUUCCCAUUCUUUGUGAAGGAAGGGCCAGGGAGGGACCCAAGGAGGUUCCCUGGCCACAAGGAGCUAUGGCUGUAUUUGAAAGAGUUUAGUGUGCAUUUUGGGCUGAGGGAAUUGAUUAGGUUCAAUACAAGGGUUGAGUAUGUGGGAAUGUUGGAUGGUAGUUGCGGGGGUUUGAAACAGAAAGUUGAUGAAAUUGGAAGUGACGUGGGGAGUGAGGAGGUGGUGGUGGAAGAGGUUUUCGAUGCUGUGGUUGUGGCUAAUGGCCAUUACUCUCACCCUCGAUUGCCGUCUAUUAAAGGAAUGGAUACUUGGAAGAGGAAGCAAAUGCAUAGCCACGUGUACAGGGUUCCAAAGGCAUUCCAAAAUCAGGUGGUAGUGGUGGUGGGAAACUCCCUAAGUGGGCAAGAUUUAUCAAUGGAGCUGGCGGGAGUAGCAAAAGAAGUUCAUAUCAGUGCAAGAUCGCAAAACACUCUCACUGAGGGCUUCUCCACAGUCAUUUCCAAAUAUGAAAAUCUCCACCUUCGACCUCAGAUCAAAUCACUUGAAGAGGAUGGAAGAAUUCUAUUUGUGGAUGGGUCUUUUGUGGUUGCCGAUGCUAUCUUAUAUUGCACAGGGUAUACAUACUCGUUCCCGUUUCUUGACACCAAAGGAACAGUAGCUGUGGAGGACAACAGGGUGGGGCCUUUGUAUCACCACACCUUCCCUCCUUCACUUGCUCCCUCCCUCUCUUUUGUUGGCAUCCCCAGAAAGAUCAUAGCCUUCCCUUUCUUCGAGUCGCAAGGGAAAUGGAUUGCUCAAGUGCUGAGCGGGAAAAGGAAACUGCCUUCCCCGGAUGACAUGAUGCACCACAUUCACCAAUUCUAUCGCCAAAGAGAGGCCGACGGAAUUCCCAAGCGCGACACCCACGACAUCAUUCACUUUGAGGUGCGUGCGGAAGUGAAUCAGAGUCAAUCUUGAAUGAUUUUUUGCAGACUUCCCACAUCUGGAGGAGUGGAGGAAAAAGAUGUGCCUCGUCGCUUUGGACAACUCAUAUGCCAACUUGGAGACAUACAGAGAUUCUUGGGACGAUGAUGAGCUGCUUCAAGAAGCCCUUCAGAGCCCCCAUUUCACCCAGCAGCUUGGCCCAAUCAUCACCUGAAAACGUUUCUAUACUACAAACUUCCAAGUGAUGAAUAAAAAACUACAUCCCCAUGAGGAUGAGCCAUCCAUCCAUUUGGUAACUAGCUUACCACCAUAUAUGUAUGUAUUUCUUUUUCUCACGUACGCACGUAGGCUUCACCUUGUGGGAUUUCUGUUUCUCCUUGUCCAAUCAAAGAAGCCAUAAUAAUGUUGGCUUCUUAUGAGGAGCUUUAAUUUAGAGUGCCUAUAGUAUAUACGCUUGCUUGGAUAUGACAUUGGAAUCACAUAUCCCAAGGAGCGUCACGUUUUGCCAA